AUGAAGACCUCCUCCUCUAUCAUGCACCGCCGGGCCGAGGUCGCCACCGAUCACGUGACCGGCGCCAGGUCAGCGCGCAUGCGCCAUAGAGGUCACGCCGGCCCGCGGCGGGCGGCCAGGUCGGGCAACGCCGUCGACCCGCUCGAUAAAUACAACGCGGUGCAGGGCGACCUGCUGCUGGACAGCACACUGCCUCAGCUGGGUCACCCGCUGGCCGGUCUGACGGUGGUCGAGCAGACCCCGUCGCGGCUGCUGCUCAGCCCCGAGCGGCCCGGCCGGCCGCUGCUGCUCGGCCUGGACCUGCGCCACCUGCAGCGGCUGCGCUACCUGGUGCACCGUGCCCGGCUGGCCGACUUUGACGGCGAGCUGCGCGUGGACGCGCGCGGCGCCGUGCUCGCCGAGCUGCGCCUCUUCAACGGCUCGGGCGUGCAGCACGGCUCGGUGCAGGUCAGCUACGGCGCGGCCGGGCCGCCGCCGGCGCUCUACCGGUUCAGCCUGGUGGCCGAGCGCCGGUUGCGGCUGCGGCUGCCCGUGACGCUGGCUGCCGACCAGACGGCCGCAGAGAUGUGUCUGAGGCCCGAGGGCAGCGCGGAGGCCGCCCUGUGCAGACAGCUGCCCAUCAGUCGCCAGCCGCUGGAGACUCUGCACAGGGACACCGGACCCGACUCGCAGCUCACCGUCGACGGACAGACCAACCCGAUCAACAACAUGGAGCGAUUCCUCAGGGCUCUAAACCCAGCCACCUGGCUGCAAUCGGGCGGGUCAUGGACGACGGCGUUCGGCGUCGUGGUCGACCUCGUCAUGGUCAUCGUGGCCAUCACCAUCGUCUGCAAGUGCAUCAGCUGCUGCCGCGCCGCCUGCUGCUGCCGUCGACAGAGCAGUCAGAAGGUGUAGGCUGCGCAAUGCGCAUCCCGGUGCAGACCACCAGAGUGUAUCGCAUCGCUAGGUGCGUGCAGCAGGUCGCACGGUAGUGACUAGUGAAGAAUUGAUAUGCGUGGUAUUGUCUCGCUGGAAACAAAACCAUACGCGCCAAGUGGCACAAACAAGUUUAGUGGCAGCACAGAGAGGCAUGCAUAAUACUCUCCAAAAUGGUCUGUUUAACUUGCCAUGAAAAUGUCACUGCCUACCGCGCGGGUGAGAGAUGGGUCUUCUCUGACGAAGACGUCAAGCUGUGCUCUAUUUUAUGGCACAAUUUUCGGCCCCGGGGCGGGGGUGGUGUCAGUGGGACUGCCAAAAUCGCCAUGUGUGCGACAGACACGGUCCGGGGCCGCCAUUGUUUGUUGGGCGCCCGCCAGGAGAGGCUGUGAUAAACUGGAGAGUUUUAUACGGUGACUAGUCAGUCGACGGGGUCGGCCAGUGCGCAACGGUUCAUAGGGAAGCACCAUGCUGCCGCACACAUUGUGUACGCCCAUGGUCCUUUCCAAAGAGUCGUCACAACGAAGUAUAGACGAGCAUGUUCGGUGACAUACAUAUGGUUGAGAUUAAGUUAAUUUUGUAUGUUUAUCUGGCCGUUGAUGGUCCAGUUAUAUUUAAGGUGCUGAAUGAGGUAUGAACGUUUGAUUGAUGUGGUAUUUAUUGAGAUGAGAGUGGGUUAGCUGUUUGAUAUGUUUAUCUUCGUGACACGACAUUGAGCGUGCUAAGACACAUUUUUAUAUGC